AUGGUACAGAGCAUCGAAAAGAACUUCGAAGGCUUCAUAAACAACAGAAAGGUCUUGAACGCGCGCAGUUUGGAUCUGCUGCUCACUUAUGAACUUGAUGACAUUAAAGUCAAGUACCAUCCGCACAGCGAACUUCCUCCCACUGUACAUCACUUUUCCGACUUUUCCUGCAGCUGCUCUUCAGAGGACCAGGUGCCUCGUAACAACUCACCAUGGGAACCCUUCCGGACGCGACUGGACUUUGAAGUUGCAGAGAUCGCGCUUGAAGCUGCAAUGACUGAGGAGCAGACAAAUCGACUGCUUGAUCUCAUACAUCGAUCCGCCAGUGGCAAGGACAUAUUUACGUUGCAAAGUCACGAUGAGGUUCGCUUGCUGUGGGAAAUGGCUUCAGAACGGUAUACGCCGGAUGUAGUAUCUGUUAAGCAUCAGGAUGAGACACAUGAGUUUGACAUGCACUACCGCCCUCUCUGGGACUGGGCACUUGAUUUAUUGCGAGACCGUCGUCUUGCACCUCACUUUGUAUUUGAUGCUCAACAUCUUUCCAAAUUCAACGGAGAAUGGUUUGUUCGCUUCAUUGAUGAACUGUGGACGGCUAACGCCUUCUGGAAUGCACAAUCUCAACUUCCGUCGGACGCAAAGCCGCUGGCAUUCAUUCUGUAUGCUGACAAAAGUAAAUUAUCUUCUUUUGGAACUGAAAAAGGUUAUCCGAUCAUUGCCCGCAUUGCAAACCCGCCCGUUCACAUUCGCAAUGGUAAUACAGCCUUAGGAGGAGGUCGUGUCAUUGGUUGGUUGCCAAUUGUUCCUGAGGAUCAAAAACAUACAAAAAAGAAGAGCUUCGUCGACUUCAAAAAUGCAGUGUGGCACAAUUCCUUCUACCAGCUUCUCCAGUCAAUUGAGCUGCAUUCGAAAACUGGCUACUGGUUUGAAUGUGGGGAUCAGAUCCGACACCGUCUCUGGCCCUUAAUACUGAUCUUAAGCGGAGAUUACGAAGAACAAUGUGUCAUGGCAUUAAUUUGUGGUGUGAAAGGCAAAUUUCCAUGUUCGGUCUGUCUAGUCCCUCAAGAUGAGCAGUCGGUCAAUCGUGUCUUUGUAUUGCGCACAAGUUGCAAUUCCCAACAGGUCCUUUGCACCGUGAGUGGAAAGCAUACAGAAAAGGAAAAGGAGGAAGCUCUAAAGGCUUAUUCAGUUCGAAAUGUAGAGAACAUAUUUUGGAAAUUUUUUCUUGCAGAUGUUCAUCGGGCGCUUUCUAUCGAUUGCCUGCAUAUGAAUCACGAAGGACUAUGGGGGGACCAUUUCUUUGAUGCUCUUCCACGAUGGCUGAACUUGACGCACUUUAAGACUGUCAUGUCAGUUGAUUUCAAUGAUGGCUCGCUUCAUGAGGACAUAUCAAAGCUAGUUCUAUUUACAGCACAGGACAUCCUUCGUCAAUCACAAUCUAAGCUAGGAUACCUGCUUCUACAUUGCAUCUGCUACUAUAUCGAGUUUGAUAUUUACGCUUCAUUCGAAGUUCACACCGAGGAGACUAUUGUGGCUGGAAGGGCAGCCCUGAAUAAGUUCUCGGAUUUGAUGGAGGAAUACAUCCCUGAGUCACAGCCUGAAACGAGCAAAAAUUGGAACUUCCCGAAGAAACACAUGAUCAUGCACAUAUUCGAUGAUAUCUUGGCUAAAGGUGUGACACAUAACUACAACACUAAACCAAAUGAGAAGAUGCAUGGUGGUUUACGGAAAAUUUACCUUCGACGAACAAACUUCAAGGAUGUGGCUCCUCAGAUCCUGCGAUAUGACCAUUGGCUUCUGACGUCGACCUCUAUGCGGACCGAGCUUGAUGAGCUUGACAACUACAGUCAAAACGCUACUGACGACCCAGAGACAAAUGAAACUCUGGAUGAACUACUAGUGGAUCCUAUCGUCCAUGUGCACUUAGGUUCAAAGCAAGGCAGACAUUCUUUUUCAGACAUCAUGGAUGCACACGGAACCGACAGAGCGUUUACCGACUUUCGGACAAAAUUACAUGUCUUCCUGAACGUGUUCCUACUGCAGAAUGGCAUUCCCUUGCCAGAUGGUCCAGGAAGGGCCCUUCAUCUCCAAGCCGAUGACGAUAUUAUAGAGUUCCGAUUCCUGCAGGUGAACUAUGAGUCUAUGGUUGAUUGGUGCCUGCACCGAGACUUACUUCGGUGCAGCCCAAAAUUCUAUGGAUCACCGAGGUUCAAUUGCGUCAUCAGCUGCUCGAUUGGUGAUACUGAUCUUGCUCUGGCCCUCAUCCAUCCUUAUGAUGUCGGUAUUGGUGUUCGCCGAAGGCAGGAUGUUGAUUUGGGAUUGUGGCGUGUACGAGCCAAACCUCGCUCAUCGUCUGAGAUUAUUUCUGUCCGGUCUAUUAUUCGAGGCGCUGCGCUUGCCAGAGAUCCGGAAACGGAUGGAGAUCACUUGGUUAUACACACUAUAGAUGCAGGACAUGUACUCGAUCAUCAGAAUUCGCCUUUCUUGCAAGAUACUGGGAUCACAGCUAUCCCUGACCCAAUUGCAGUCAACGGGUGUGUCCUCGCGACACCGUCUAUCUAA